AUGGCAACGCGAAGUUCAAGACGCUCAUCUGGAAGGGACACGUUCAACCCAGCCAUGAUACACCUUCUAGACGCAGACAGGUUGCGGAAGGAGUUAGAAAAUAGAGGGUUAGACACCAGUGGUAACCGUACAGUUUUAGCUGAUCGUUUACAGGAAGCAGUUGACAAAGAGAAGUCAUCACGGCAUAGUUAUUCUCCUCCACCUGUUGUAGAAAAGCCUCAGAAUAAAAGAGUUGGGAAACGUGCUUCCAAGACCAAGUCGAUUAUGACGCCUAAGGUUUUUAAGACGGAGACGAAAGUCAACGGUCAAGAUGAGUCCACUUUGGGCCCGAGAAGCUCAAAAAGGAAGCGGGUAUCGACGUCCGUCGAGCCGGUUGAAGUAAUUGAAGAGUCGUUCUCAAUUCAGAUAUCGGACGACGCCGACUGUUCCAUAAAUGCGAACAAAAAUGUUGAAGAUAAUUUAGAAAAUGUUCCUUUGCCAAAUGAGGAAGCUUCUUCUGGGAUAAAUUUUGAAUCCAAUGCAGAGCCCCUCAAAUUAACCUUAAAGAAGCCAUUGAAAAAAAGUGCCAUGGGGAAGGUGCAUAAAAGAUCUGAUCCCGGUUUCUUUGAAGAUUUGGAAAAAAAAGAACGCGAACUACAACUUUCAUUCUCCGCCGAAAAACCGUUUGGCAUAAAAAUAAAGAAAAUUGAAAUACCAUCAAGUGAAAUGAGGAAGGAGCCACUUGCCAAGGGUUCCUUUGAUGGCGGAGCGGCCAAGAAAAAAGAGAAGCUCAGUGAAACCGGAAUAGAGAGGACCAGUAGCGAAAAAUCCUUCAGUGCGAAAGAUCCUGCGAUAGAGAUCAUUGGAGACACUACUAGCAAACGUUAUGUUAAGGUUGAUGCAGAAGAUGGCCAUGAUAAAAAUUGUAACAAGGAGGAUUUCAAACAAAGUAAAGGCCUGAAACUGAAACUAAAGUUAGAACAUGAUAAGGAACCACAUCCCGGCACGAGUCAUGAAAGGAAAGAACGGAAGGAUGUGAUGAGGAAGAAGAUAACUAAGCAAGGAAGCGUUGAAAGGAGUAAAGAUCCAGUGAAUUUGAAUGAAAAUGAAAAAAGAUCUGAAGUAGACAAAAAGAAGGAUACUGUAGUGCGGAAGAAAAUUCCUUUAAGAAUGCAGGCUGUGGAUGUAUUUGAUACGAUCUUUGACAAACAGACCGAAUUAUUAUCCAGCAAGUUUAAAAGUGAAGAAGAGAGAGCGGCUGAAAGGCAGAAAAUUGAGUUAGCAAAAAGAAGGCAAGUUUCCUCGCAACUCCCGAUAGUUACACUCUCGUCAGCGCAAAUGGAGAAAAAGAGGCACACUGUAGAAUUUAAUUUGUCGCCCCAAGUAUUUCCUAGCCGAACUCGUCUACCUCCGCCUCCUCCACCUCCAUUACCGUCUCGAUGCGAAACAUCAUUUGACGCACAUAGGGCUGUACCGUUACAGCGUAAAAUGACCCCUCCUCCGCCUUCUCUCCCUAAACGUAGAAGUAUUUCUUUCGAUGAAAAGCCCUUAUCUGUUAUUUUACCAGCGCCACCACCGCCCCCAGUACUUUUGCCUCCAUUGCCUCCUCCUCCUCCUCCUCCGCUUCCCGAAGUUCUCUCCCUUCCGGUUGCUUCUGAUGAAUAUAGCAACUCUUCAUCAAAGCAUCAAACUCCAACAUCAGUUUCUGUUCAUAAUAGUCCAUCCCAACCAACGACUUCGACAGCGGCUCCUGAAGUUGAAGACAGUGUCACUCUUCGCUCAAACUUUUCUUCACCAGUAGCUUCAAAAUCAGAUUGCUCAAUGCAUCAUAAUACUGCUAGGGAAAUAAGUCACUCACCUUUACCUUCAUGUUCGGAAGCUGAACCAACCACUUCAUUGCAGACGUUGCAGGAGAAUCAGAAUUUAGACCUCCCUCAAGAGGGACAUGCUGACUUACCUUUGCAACAGAUAGCUAAAGCAUUGUGUUCAGUUUUCGCUCAUAUUGGAAGUAAAAGUCAAGAACUGGGAAGCUGUUCGGAUACAAAUGAGACUUUGAGCAAAUUGCCUGAAACCGCUUCUGAUCCUGAGGUUUCUGUAGAAACUGUAGAUGUUAUUGAUGCUGAGAAAUCGAAGGAGGAGAGUUUGCAUGUUGAGGUCGUAGAAGUGGGUACAGCUACAGCUGCUGAAAUUGAAAACUUACUAGAUAAUGUUAUUGCUGAAGUUGAAAAGAACAUUGAACAAGAAUCUUUAAGUAGUGCUUCGACGGAGGAUGAAACAGGUUGGGAUUUUUUGAGGUUUAAUGGUUCUGCGCAAGAGGACAUUUAG